CAACAACAAAGGAACACCAUCACCCUGAAAGGUUUCACUCGCCCUGCAGGAAGAAAACUCCAGUUUUCUCCCUGAAAACCACACAAAUCAGGUUAAUUUUUGUUGCCUGAGUAGCCCUGAGGGAUAACAGAACACCAGGUGACCUGUGGACGGUGUGGAUAAGCCAGGAUAAGCCAGGCAGAGGCCGGAAAUGUGGGGUCUUAAGGUGCCGUACACGAUGUAGAUCACAACAAAUGACUGUAAACAAACGUAAGAGCAGACGGGAGGAUUGAACUGUGGUCCUGGCCUGGACAGGUCCAUCUGCUCCACAGCCCCUGUUGUGGUACUAAGCUGGAGUGAGGACCAGGAUUGCUAGGUACUGGUACUAGGCUGGAGUGAGGACUAGGAUCACCAGGUACUGAUACUAGGCUGGACUGAGGACCAGGUUCACCAGGUACUGGUACUAGGCUGGAGUGAGGACCAGGAUCACCAGGUACUGAUACUGGAGUAGCAGCUACCAGUGGCAUUAGGCUGGAGUGAGGACCAAGAUCACCAGGUACUGGUACUGGAGUAGCAGAUAUUAGUAGUACUAGGCUCCAGCAAAGACCUGGUACUGGAAGUACCAUCUGUUCCACCAGUACUUUCUACCACACCAGUACCAUCUACUCCACCAGUACCAUUACUACACCAGUACCAUCUACUACAUCAGUACCAUCUACUCCACCAGUACCAUCUACACCAGUACUAUCUACUCCACCAGUACCAUCUACUACACCAAUACCAUCUACUACACACCAGUACUAUCUACUCCACCAGUACCAUCUACUACUCCAGUACCAUCUACUACAGUACUAUCUACUCCACCAGUACUAUCUACUCCACCAGUACCAUCUACUACUCAAUUCUAAAUCGAUCGCUCAAACUCGGACCCCAAUUUCACUUUUCUCCAAGGAUUCGACUGGUUACAAAUUCCUGUCAAUGCACAUCACAAAUAUUUGACUCUACUUUUGUGUACUGUACUAUAUACAUCAGAAUAAUUGUUAUUGUACUCAUGUACUCAAAUAUUUAGCACAAAGCAACAGAAAUAGGGAUAAAUAUUGCAGAUUUUGGAUUCUGUAAUUUUUGUGUGUUCAAAAUCGAUUUUCGUCAAUACAGACAUUGUUUGCCGUGGGUUCAGUCAUCAGUUUUUGUGUAUUGAAUCAUCAAUUUUGUAUAUUCAGUCAUCAAUUUUUGUGCAUCUUAUCACCAUUUUUUGCAGAUUUUAUCAUCAAUUUUCGUAAAAUUUAUCACCAGUUUUUGUGGAUUUGUACAUCAGUUUCCAUUGCUUGCCUAUUUUAAGGAAUUAUUUCUCUAUAUUCACACCAUUGAUGACUUUCGUGUUGCCAUUAUUCUGUGUGAAAUAAUUGAAUGUUUGACUGACGAAGAGAUAAGCAUAUGCAUUCGAAACAUGCGUGUGUACACAGAUAAGAAGACGUACAGGUGCUCCGAGUGUCUGAAAUGCUUCCCGCAGAAGCACCACCUGCUGGCGCACAGGAGCGUACACACGGGCGGUAAGCCAUACAAAUGCACCGUGUGUGCCAAGGAGUUCCUGUACACCUCACAUCUCAAACGCCACCAGAAGGUGCACACAGGGGUGAAGCCGCACCAGUGCCCAGUGUGCGCAAAAAGCUUUGCAGAAAAACAGGAUCUGGCCAGACAUGAGAGAGUUCACACAGGGGAGAAGCCAUUUCAGUGCCCUGUUUGUCUGAAGGAAUUCUCCGAUGGCUCGUACCUCACCAAACACCAGCGCAUCCACACAGACGACCAGUCCUACCGGUGCUCCGUGUGCUUGAAGGUGUUCGUGUGUAGCAACACCCUCAAAAUCCACACGAGGAUCCACACGGGGGAGAAACCGUACAAGUGCUCGCUGUGUUUGAAGGAUUUCACUGAUAUUUCCAGUCUGGCCAAACACCGGAGGAUCCAUACGGGGGAGAAACCAUAUAAGUGUUCCAUGUGUUUGAAGGAUUUCAAACAAACAGGACACCUCAUCACACACAUGAGGAUGCACACGGGAGAGAAGCCCUACCAUGUUCCGUGUUUCCAAGGAUUUUCCUAA